AUGGAUCUAGCGGAGGGGAAGGAGAAAGAUCGACAGAACUUCCUUCGUAAUCCACGCUUCCUUCCCCUGAAUACACAGAAGGGUGGCCGGUCCCUCAUCCAGGACAGGGCCGCUGGUGAUCGUGCUCCACUCUUCAAACCAAAUCCCCCAGUGGUGAUGUUUACUGAGUACAACGUGGGACAUUCGUACAAGACCACACUGGAGCUGAUAAACGUGACUUCCUUGAGCCGCAACGUCAGUAUCGUCCCCCCCAACACUCGUUACUUCUCGGUUGGCCUGGGGAGAUUCCCCAGUAAAGGUGACAUUGUUGCUCCAGGAAUGAGUGUUAAGUACACGGUCAGUUUCACUCCAGACAGCUUGGGUGACUACAAGGAUUUUAUACAGGUAAAGACGCGGGCUGAGAGCGUACUUGUGGUACCCAUUGAAGCACGGCGUCCUCCUCCUAAACUCACCUUGUCAAGAGUCCUGGACUGUGGUUUUUGCCUGGUCGGAGGAGAAAAGCGUGUUGAGUUCCCUUGCCGAAAUGUCGGCCUCAGCACUGGGAGUUUUGACAUCAUCCCAAAGAGCCAGUGGCCAGUCUCAGAUCUUAGGUCUGUAGUUGGAACAUACUUCACUGAGCAGCCACCCUUUAAAGUGACUCCAUCAAUGUUCGUGCUGCAGCCUGGCGAGGCUACUGUUGUACAAGUUGUUUUCUCUCCCACCUUUGCAAAAAAGAGCCAUCAGGUUUUCACUGUCGUCUGGGACAACUGCCAGGUGCAAGACGUUUCCAUCAAAGGUGAAGGUCAACCGUGACAUCAAGUGAUCUCACUAGAGCUUGUCUCCGUAUCUGGGGAGAAGGGCCCUCCUAUGUUGGGAGAGAUGCGCGACAACGCUGCACAGCACCUUGUCCGUUUAAGCCCAUGCAACCCUCACUCUGUGCAAAACAAGUCGCUUGUCAUCAGAAACAACAUCAACUUGGAGAUGCCUUUCAAAUGGGAAAUCAUGAAGCCCGAUCUGGAUCAUCUGCUUCCAGAGGAAACCCCCAAGUCCGCAAAUGUUCAGUCCCACCCGGACACAGACGAUGUUUUCCACAUCAGCCCCUUAACAGGCGUCCUGGCUCCUUGCCAGGAACAAGAGUUUCGCAUCAGUUUCUGUCCGAAGGAAUUGAAGGAUUACCACUGUGUCUGUCACUUAGUUGUAAGGGAUGUCCCCCAGCUGCCCACAGAGCCCACUGAGCACAGUGUUUCCCAGCCUGGCCCCAAGGUGAGUGACGUCACCGUCAUGAAAGUAAAGGUCAAGGGACGUACAGAGCCGUACCAGAUCCUCCUGGACCCCGAUGCUGUUGUAAUCCCUGGAGACAUCUUUAUACACACCACCACUUGCAGGCUAUUUCAGAUGUGGAAUUAUAGUAAAACCUUCAUUUUGUUUCAAUGGGAGACGUUCAACAGGAGUGGCCAUGUCAUAGAAGUGAAGCCAUCUGCUGGUAGAAUAGAGGAGAACAGCUGCUUUGAUUUCAAGCUUGUUGUGACUGGAGGGAAACCAGAGAAGAUUGUGACCAGCUUGAUUUGCAACAUACAACACCUCCACAAGCCCAUCACUUUGCCUGUAGAAGUCUCUUUCAAAGGUCCCACAGUGACCGUCAGUGUUCCCAGCAUUGACUUUGGUCUGCUGAGACUUGGGGAGUCGACUCACGCUACCUUUCUCCUCACCAAUCCCACCCCAUUGAAGGCCAAAUGGAAGCUGGAGCAGAGCCUCAAUAGUUUUCAAGACCACCAAGACACACAGAUGACAGUGAAGCCCAGCAGUGGUACGCUGCCAAGUUUGGCUUCUUGCAGUGUGGAAGUGCUCUUCAGGCCACGAUCCUGCCAGCAGUUUGAAACUGAGCUGGAGCUGACGGUGGAGAACGGAGAAGGAGGUCACCUGAGGGUGCGAGCAGAUGUGCAGUCUCCUCAGGCGUGCCUGUUAAACUGCAGGCUUGUCCUCUCUGAACUUUACCUUGGAGUUCCCACCACAGCCGGCGUGACUCUUCUCAAUCAGACUCUGCUGCCGUCACACUUCAGCUGGGUGGGCCCGCUCCAGGGCAAACAGGCUUCACUGUGUACAGCCACUUUCGACCCCUCCUCUGGUAUUCUAGGGCCUAAUGCAAGCGUAGAUAUUCUAGUUAAUUUCACCUCUCGCACAGACCUGGAGCUGACUGAGGUGACGGCUCUCUGUGAGGUGGAGGGGAUGAACUACCCUCUUGUUCUCGCUAUCGUAGCUUCCCCGAGCAAGAAACUCAGCGUGACCUACUCGGUGCCCCGUGUCUGUCCUCCACUGGAUGAUGCUUGCCCUCCGCCACUGGUGCUCGACUUUGGGGAAGAUGUUAUUUUGAAGAAAGCUGUGACCAAGCAGCUGCUGAUAACCAAUCAAACUGCCAUCCCUGCGACUUUUACUAUCCAGGCAGAGUAUUUCACCUGCCAUGCCUCCAAGACUGAUAGCAAACCACAGAAAAGAUUCUCAGUCUCUUUCCGGGCUAAGCAAGAGGAAGCAAAAGCACAUGAAGAGUUUGUGAGCGGCCUUCUCGCUUAUGGAAAAGGUGCUGCUUUCCAUGUGAACCCAGACUCAGGGCUGCUGGGACCGUUUCAGACUCAAACUGUGCACGUGACUGCCUACACAGAGAUGUGGGGGGAAUACAGAGAUCAGCUCGAAUGCAAAGUUGGGACACUUGAACCCGUCCUUAUUCCUGUGCAGAUGACUGUAAAAGGUUGUCCGCUCUACUUAACGGGACCACGGGAAGACGACCAGCACCAGGGACCAACUAUAUACUUUGGCACUCACAUCUCUGGAGGGGACACAGUUUCUCGAUCUCUCUACAUCAUAAAUCCCACCAUGUUUGAAAUCCGUGUGGACUGGGAGACUUACAACAUAGAUCAGAAUGACCGUAAACUGGUGGCUGUUGUGGGGAAAUGUGGAGACCCCUUCUCACUUAAAGAUGCCGACGGGAAUAAGAUACAGAGAAGGCCUUUAGGACUUUUUGAUGGAGACAUUCUAUCAGCAGAGGAGGAGGUUAACACACCCGACUCCGAGGGCGCAAGCGCUUCCCUCCAAACUGUGAGUGUAUCAAGCAUCACCCCACAGAUAUAUUAACAGAAGUCUUUUAUCACAUGGCCUCUGGGAAAUACUAAAAACUUUGUCUCCGUCCACAUCAGACCGCAAGUGGGCAACCUCUCAGAUGAGCCUUACUGCAUCACACCACGACAAACAGUGAUUCCAAGGAAGAGCACUGCAACCUUUCAUGCCUCCUUCACGCCUGUGACUCUCUCUGGGACGGCCUGUGAGUCCACAUGUGUGGGCCUGGCGCUGGGUUUCAUGAGCCUAGACUCCCAGGCUAGAGCUUAUGUCCCAGGUAAAGUUAGAAGGGUACAGGGUUUGGAUUUACAGCCUAUCCGACUGGAUCUACAGGCAGCCGUUAGCCCUGCAGUCGAGGACAGAGAGUUCAAGGCCGUCAUGGUCAUCACGUCUCCUUUGGUGAAGACUCCCAACACUCUGCAGCUCCAGGGAACAGGAUCCGAAUGA